AUGGCUUCCCUGGCAAGAAUACCUCGCUCCCUCCGCCCCUCUCAUCGCGUGCCUUCUCUCGCCCGGACGUGUUUCCACGAGCAGAACCCCGCAUUCUCAACGUCCGUCUAUCUCGACAAACAGUCCACACCGAACACAACCCAAAAGACCGACCAGACAGGAAACCCAGAGCUCCCACGGGUCACGCUAGAGAAUCUCGGGAUAAUGCUAUUCACGAUGCUUGGGCUCUGGGGGACGGUCGAGACAUACUUCUAUUACCAGGCGGUGAUGCGGUGGUGGAAAUCAGGAAAGAAAGCAGAUGGCGUGGAGACGGAUUAG